AUGCACCACAGACUACGAGAGCCAAGUCAUCGGCUCAAGCAGUCGCUUCGUGUCCCAGAGUGCCACUUCUGUUUUUUAUUGCAGUUUGUUGGCAUUGCCCUGGUGAUCUUCAGUGGAUUUGCGAUUGAUGAAGUCAUCUGGCACUGGCAUCACAGAGAAGCGUACUUCUACAGCUCGAUGCACGGCGUGGCGAUGGUGCUGGGCGUGGCGCAGGUGGCGACCUCUGUGCUGCUGGGGCUGGGCGCCGUCAAGGAGAACCCGAAGCUGCUGCAGCCCUGGCUCGUCUUCUUCAGCGUGCAGACGGUGCUGCUGCUGCUGGCCAUGCUGGCCACGUGCGUCGUCAUCAUCAUCUACGUGGAGCCGCUGCCCAUCGGCAUCUCGCUGUUCCUCAUCACCAUCACCUACUGCUAUACGUUUCGCUACUUCAUCCUCGUGGUGUACAGCUACUACAGGCAGCUGAAUAUCGUGACCCAUGGGCAAACGGCGGGUGUAAUGCAGCUUGCUUAACAUUGACGAAUGUUCGUGAAUUACUCGUUAAAAGACUUGUAGCAGCAUUCUCUGCUCUCCGCUCUAUGCCAUAUCACAACCACCCUUUCGAAACGAAAUUAAUUAGGCAGACAAAGUACGAAAUAAAGUUGACAUUUCGAAAGGGUGAAUGGCUCUAGGGCAUUUCAGUACUUUUGGGAAGAUACUGAAUCCAGCGAUGCAACCAAGGAAAGCUUUAGUCACGUUUACGAAUACCCAUUGAUGAAAGAAGAACGUGCAUUAUGACGGAGAAGCCUAGUGCCUUACAUAGUACUUCGUUUUUACUCAGUGUAGAAUUUUACUUACAAAGAUCAUGAAGAAAAUUUUUGAACUUUUUAAAAUGUCUUCCAAUAUGAUAACUUCUUGAAAUGUGUGGCUUGUGAAAUGCACUAUACGAAGCCUAAUAAGUUUUGAUUGAUUUUCUUUUUCUCAUGUGCUGUAAUAAGUGAAUGAAAAUUUUCAGAUCAUUUAUUUGAACAUUUUGGUUUUCUUGAAUAACUGUUAACUUUCCAAAACCUUUAUUUUUUCUUCUCAGGAUUGUGGAUUCAUACAUGUACUGAUGCAAGAAAACAGGAACCUCGGUUUUUUUAAUGAGUGAGAAAAGUUUUUAAACUUCUUAAUGGCUGAUAGUUGUAGAAUAUCAGAAUCGUAUUUCGUGAAGUGUUGUAUUGGUUAUUAAAAAUGAAGUCUUGAUUUGUGUAUGUAGGUGCUAACAGACAUCUUUUUAUAAACAAAUAUGUUCUCAGUUACGAGUGAUUUUUAGGGAUUCCAUUUUCAAUAAAAAAAUGUAUUUAAAAAAUGUGGGUGUGAGUUGGAAUGAUAUAAUGCCAUACAUUCCCCUUUGUAAGUAAAUAAUAUUACGUUAAUGUGAAAUUAUUUUGCACGUAACAGUGAGAAUAUCUUGCCUUUCUUUCAUUGUUGAUAACUUAUCUCUGAUCCAACUUGUCAUAAUUGUCUCUAUUACAUUUUUUCCCAAGUCUUUUAUGUGAAGUUGUUGCAUAAUUUGAAUUAGUCUUAUUUAAGCAGAAAUUUGUAAUAAGCUUCAUCUGCGCUAAUAUGUAAAUGGAAAUUAAAGAGUGAAAAGAGGAAUGAUUUUUUUUAUUUUAAAAAAUGUUUUAGAAAAAAACAGACAGUGUGUUAUUCUUUUUUGAUAGUGCUACAACACAAUACAAUACAAAACAAAAUGGGCCAAAGAUUAGAAUUGUAAGAUGUUAGACAUCAAUGAAAAUUUAUUCCUUAAAUUCUCAAAUAAAACAGUAGUUAAAACAGUAGUUUAUUGUUCACCAUUGCAAAAUCUGAAAAUUGGUACACAAUGAAUUGGAGUAUUAUAGUUAUAAAUGAAUAGAACCUUAUACUGAAUGGCUCAAAUUACCAUUUGUUACUCUCAAUGGGCAGAGAGUCACGGGUUCUUCAUCAACUUCCCGUUGACUGCUUCUUCAUAUGAGAAAUGAUAGUGUUUCUCAACAACAGAAAUAACAAUUUAUAAUACAAGACUUCUGUCUUACACUUUCACAACUUCCAUCAACUUUUCUAAAAACUCGAAAAUUAUUACUAAUGUCUCUAGCAAAUAAUGUACACAAUUGCAUAAAACCCAGAAACUGUGAAACUGAGAAGCUCUCGAUCAUAUCUCCAUGACAUCACGAAAAAUUCUGUUUAUCCAGUCUUCAAACUUUAGAUACUCCCAUUGCUGGGUAGAGGCAAAUGACAUAACUGGCAACAUAAUCCUCUGCAUUACACAUGCACAUCUGUGACUCGUAAAUUCGAGGGGAGGAGGGGGGCAAAGAAAAAAAUUCUCCCAACAUAAUGCACUCGAUACCGUCAAUAAUUGACUAAACUUGUGUACUUUCAAUAACAC